AGAAGAGGAAGGAGUAGUAGGAACGCCAAGAUGGUUGCAACUGUAUCCGAGUCAAGUUGGGAUCGAUUGAGAAGCUUCUGCUUUUUAUCGCCAAUGUUUCAUUUUAAAAACACCCGUGAAUUAACAUGUUUGUUUGUUACCAUUUGUAUUUUGAUGAGCCAGUCGUUGGCAAACGAUCAGGAAUUUAUGGAGGACUUUUUGAAGCGGGAAUAUUCCCUGGCAAAGCCAUACCGAGGGCUGGGCUUCUCCAGUUCUUCGCAGUGGGAUUUGAUGGGCACCGCCAUUGUUACACCGGACCAUGUGAGGCUGACCCCAGACCUGCAGAGCAGACAGGGAGCAGUGUGGAAUCGAAUUCCUCUCCUGUUGCGGGAUUGGGAGCUCAGGGUGCACUUUAAAAUCCACGGCCAGGGAAAGAAGAAUUUGAAUGGGGAUGGACUGGCCAUCUGGUUAACCAGAGAUCGCAUGCAGAGUGGUCCCGUGUUUGGCAACAUGAACCAGUUCAUUGGACUUGGAAUAUUAGUGGACACUUACCCCAAUGCUGACAAGACCCAUGAUAGGGCUUUCCCGUAUAUAUCAGUGAUGCUGGGGAACGGAACUCUGUCAUAUGACCACGAUUAUGAUGGACGGCCCACUGAACUUGGGGGGUGCACAGCUAUGGUGCGCAACGCAAUCUACGACACAUUCCUCCUCAUCAGAUACUCCAAAAACAGACUCACGCUCAUGGUGGACGUAGAUGGUAAACAGGAAUGGACACACUGUACUGACAUCACAGGACUGCGGCUACCUGCAGGCUACUUCAUUGGUGCCUCCUCUGCCACUGGAGACCUAUCAGAUAACCAUGACAUCAUCUCCAUGAAGUUGUACCAGCUGAUGGUAGCAAGGACUCCAGAGGAGGAGGAGGAGGAGGAAGAGGAGGUCACCAUACCCAGAGUCGACAACAUGGAACAGUUCCAAGUGGAUGUCGAGGAGGAAGGGAUGAGUGGAGUCCAGCUCUUCUUCACCCUCCUCUUCUCCGUGCUGGGCCUGGGUGUGCUGGCAGUGGUGGGACUGAUGGUUUACGGGCGCUGGACGGAAAAAAGACGUAAACGCUUUUAUUGAUCAGAGACCAGUCGAUCUAUGUAGGUUUUCAGAAUGUAUGUUUCUUAAUCAACAUACAUUACAACAAUGCAAAGACUGCCAUAGCUUUACUGAAACCAUACAAUCAAACUAAAUGAACAACCUCAUGGGUGUCACGCCCAAAGCCAAGAGGAAAAAAAAAAAAAAAAAGAGCCAAGAUGAACAGGUGAGGAGAUCAUGAACAGGCGAGCCAGCUGUGAAAAAUCUUUUUUUUUUUUAGUGUUAUGAAAGAUGGGUGACAUGAAGCUGCUGUAGUAGAUUUUUUUUUUUGUGUGUUAAAAUACGCUCAUCUCAACCUAAAGCACAGUGGGUAUGCAGCCUCCCAUCGCACUAACUGACACACCCUAGAUUUCAGACAAACAAAAAAAAACUUCUAAAUCAGAUGCUGUACGUAGUUUACUGACGCCAUGUUACAGGGUUUUUGUGCUACUGAAGGUUAGUUACUUCUUACUGCCCCCUCGGUGCUGCCAGCAUGCAGCUUUAAUCCCUCUUGUAGCUGCUGUGAAGACCGAUCAACCUGUGGAUCAUUGCAGACUUCUCGUUGCACUGAAGUGGACAGAUUGUAUUGAGCUCGCCGAUGCAUUUGAGAGCACCUUAUAAGCCGGGCAAAGCACUUACAUCAGCUUCUGUGACAAGUGGAUUUAAGUUAGCUGUUUUUAAACGUGUGAUCAGUGACACAUCGUGCUCUGUGUUGUACGUUAAAGGAGUGAUCUCUUUGAAGUGCCUAGCUAGGACCAAUAAAGACGAGGUCUUACUUUAUGUCCCAGCUCUUUCUGCAGGUUUGAUUUUUUUAUUUUCUAUUCGACCUCUCAGAUGAAUUGGCUUCAUUCACAACAGUCUGAAACAGUUCAUAAGUUGCUAUUGUUGUUUAUCAAAGAUGAAAUUGUCACUGUUGUCAUUAAAUAUAAUUUUUAGCUUGAGUUUUCAUGUUAACAAUAUCCCUGACUUUUUGUGUGGCACUGGAUUUUUAUCAGAUCAGCAGAAAUAUUCAUUUGCGUUAUCUGCUUAUUCAUCUGUGAUCAUGUUGCUUUGGAAUUCUCUUCUAGGAUGCACUGUGAAUUUACUGGCCAUGUGCAGGAUUGUGUUGUCAGAUGUGAGUUUGAGUAAACUGGAGAGUAUGUGAAUCUGAAUGCUGUUUUGCUGUUUAGCUGUGUCACCUGUAAUAUAGCUGUUAAAAUGAUGCAGUGCUUUUUUCUGCCAGUAUACGAGCUGGUGCCUUACCCCUGGUGUCCAGUGGAUGGAGCUCUGUCACAGUGCAGAUUCCUUCACAGCUGCUAGAGAUGAGCCACUGACCUUCAUGCCAAUCAGUGAGCAGGUUACAGAACUUUCACCUGUCAUGUAAAUGAGAGACUUAGAUAAAACUGGUUUCCCCAUGUAGAUUUGUAGAUAAUGCUGAUUUCUCUGCCAUGUAUCCAGGUAACCAGAUGUACAAAGUGGAGCAGCCAUGUGAAAGGACACAUCCUAACAGAGCAGUUAGUGUCCACAUAUUUAAAAUGCAUCCAUCCAAUGUCCGACUGAGCUGGAACCAAUACGUAGUAUCCCCUAGAAGUCUAAAUAAGCCUGUUCCAUUUCUGAACAUCUGUAAAACACAGACACUCUUGUUAAGAGGAAAAGCUCCACUCUGCCUGUCUGACAGUCUGUUGCCAGUCUGCUCCAGCGCUCCGUUGCACAGUUAAAAUCAGUACGCCAUGCUUCCAAAAUGAGAUGCGUCACUUUUAUUUUCUUACUUUGUCUUUAUGUUCUUACAGUAAAACUAGUUUUUCUGAAGCACAAGAGGGAGGGCUACAUUUUUCCUGGUUUCCCCCUCCGCUGUUACACAUAGAUGGGACAGGGUGCUGCCUAACUUGAAUGGUUAAAGAUGCUGAAAUAAGAGGUGACACAGCCACUGGACACAAGGAGCUAUUUAAGUACGGCAGGCCUUUUUCAGUGCAUACACUUUGACCUGUCACAGCAGGAAAAAUCACAGGUGUUACUGGCAAUGUUAAACAUGGCUCGGUUCUAUUCAGGUGUAGGUCCUUACAGUGUGCCCAGUACCAGGACCCUGAAACUGAAGCAGCUAAAUGGAAUUCAUCCAUCGUUCUGUUGAUUAUUUACACCUGUGAUGACUCACUGUGACAUGUCAAAGUGUCGUCCAUGAAAACAUCUAAUAUCGAGGCCUGUAGCCACUGAAAGUGAAAUCCUCAUAUGUGCAGAUGCAGUCCACUGGGAAAUGGUUGAACUCAAAAGAUUCUAUCUUGACGUACGAUGGACAUAGUGAAAAAUCACUUUUUUUAUUUGAUACAUUCUUCUUCCUUGUCAAAACUGUGAGUCUACAGUACCCACAAUGCAUCUCUGACAGUUCAGUGGGAGAUCCAGGUGUGUUAUGCUAUUAGCAGCUAAUGUAGCUUCAGGCAGCUAGCCUCAAUCAGAGAUAAGGAGUGGGCUACAGAGGGCUGGUUAGCUCACUUCUUUCUGACUUCACACCCCCUGAGGGGAGGAGGGGAGGGGGGGGGUGGAUCCAGAAGCCAAAACUGUACCAACCCCAUUUGAUGACACACUGUGGUCAGGUGUAAUCUGUGUGUUCAUCUGUGGAGAAACCUGUGAGUAAAACUCAAGUAUGUGAUGAAAAUCUCCCUAGUUGGCAAAGCACUCAUUUAAAGUUCACACAACACAACAGGCAAGUUAAACAGAGCACCAGCACUUCAUUCAUUCAUUCAUUAAAUAACUAAUGUCAGUAUGUUAGAGACCACUGCCCAGCAAAGCACUUAAAAAACAACUGGUAACCAGCAGCAGCAGCUCAGCACAGUACAGGACAGAACAGCUAAAUAAAGCUUUUUAAAGCAAAUAGCUUUUAUAUCUUUGUUACAGUGAAAUAUUUGGAGGAGUGUUAGCCAUUAGGAAGAUUUUCAUGUAAUUGUGUAUCGUUGUAUAUGUCAUUUUGGUUCUCAUAGCUCUUAAAAGCCAUAUCAAUCAGUAGUUAACUAUAAUUAAAACCACUUUGUGUUCAUGCUCAGAAAUACAUCUCUGUCAGCUGCUUCUUGAAGUUCUGUAGUCCAGUGCUGUUUCCUUCUAAGCUGUUUUACUGUUAUUUCUCUUUUCCUUUAAUCUUCUCUGUAGCUGCUUCUGUGUUCUUUACCUAAUGUUCACCUAUUUGUUAUUAGAUUCAUGAGCCAUUGUUGAGGCAAGCAGCCUUGUAGUUAAUUAUUUCAAUUGUAAUGAUCUGCUUUUAAUUUGCUGACUAAAAUCUUUGAACAAGCUGAAAAAUGGUGGUGAAGCACAUAUGUUUUUUUUUUAAUUUUGUUUUUGUUUUUUUCUCCAGUAAAAGUGUACAUGGUGAUUUA